UGAUAAUCUUACGUCCCGUCUUCGGGCGGAAAUUGUUCGAGUGAAUUCUACUAGAGUACAUAUUGCUUCUGUAUCUGAAUUUGCCUCUUGGAUUUCUUCGGCUUUUUCUUUUGUGAAACAAUGGGCCGGAUUAGCUGCUCUAGGAGGGGCACUCCUAUUUGGUAUCUUUUACAUUGUCCGCGUCAUCACACGUUUGCGUGCCUCUCAACAACGAGACCGUAUUAUUUUCCGCCAAGCCAUGACUGCAUUAGAAGUCGGCAGCUCCCCUCAUGCUUGGUUAUCUAUGCUGGACCGGUAGUCAAUGACGGGUAACGAAGGAGGUGGCCAUACACCAACCUAAGACAGAAGCUGCAGCAUGAUCUGCAGACUUUGAUGACGGCUAUAUUAAUGCAGCAAGUCCUAAAGCCAUAAUGUGGCAUGCUAUCCCUUUUGAGAGGUGAAUAAUACUGAAUAAAAAUGGCAGAAGUGGGAAGAUGGUUCCAGGACAAAUGUAUAUUGGAGUGGAAUAUGAUUAUGAAUAUGAAGCCAAGGACCAAAAGAUUGUGAUAAAACAAGGGGAGCAGUACAUCUUGGUGAAAAAGACCAAUGAUGGCUGGUGGCAAUUUAAACUGGAUGAGAAUUCCAAAGCCUUUUUUGUGCCAGCCCAGUAUGUCACGGAGGUCACCUGCAAAACUCUAAUGCCGCCUGUUAAAGCAGCUAAUUGGACUGCCAAAUAAUUCUGUGAAAAUGAUGCAGAGUCCACACCUUCAGAGAUUGACAGAAAAUGUGAACAAAUUGCCUGAGCUUUCAAGGUUUGGAAAGCCAUCAUCGUCUGUUCAAGGAACAGGUCUUAUUCGUGGUGCCAGUGAGAAUUUUGGACCCAAGUUUAUCCAGGCCAGACUCUCAAUCUAAGCCUGGACCUGACCUAUAAUAACGGAAAGUAUAACAGUGACUCACAUUCUCCUAAAGUUUGUAGCCAGAACAGGACACGCUUAUUUGGUCACUUUCCUCGCCUGGAGUUCUUGGACAUUGAGAAAACUAGCUUUUCCCAGGAACAGUCUUGUGAUUCAGCAGGAGAAGGCUGGGAAAGAAUCCAUCAAGAUUCUGAAUCUGGAGAUGAGCUUCGCAGCAGCUCCACUGAACAGGACUGCUCUGCAUUAUGCCUGUGUCUAUGACCAGCCCAAAGUGGUGACAUUCCUGAUAAAGAUGCAUUUUGAUGUCAACAUCUGUGACGAUGACAAGAGCACAGCACUCAUUAAGGCUGUACAAUUCCAGGCGGAGGAGUGUGCCAUGAUUUUGCUGCAGUCUGGUGCAGAUCCAAAUGUGAUGGACGCCAGUGGCAACACUGCCCUGCACUAUGCUGUCUACAGUAAGAACACGUGCACAGCAGCAAACCUGCUUAGGCACAUGGCGAUGAUUGAAGCAAAAAACAAGGACAGCCUCACUCCACUAUUACUUGCUCUGAAAGAAAACAAUCAGCAAAUGGCAGAAUUCCUAGUGGACAUGGGAGCGAGCAUCCAUGCGACGGAUCAUCACGGACGAACAUCACUGAUGCUCGCAGCAGGACACAAAAGCAAAGGAACAGUCAGGCUGCUGCUGCAAAAAGGAGUUGACGUGUGUUUGAAAGAUCGCUCUGGUAGGACCGCAUUGUCCUAUGCAGUCAAUUGCAGCGAUAACCUUAAAGAAAUAACUGUUGCAUAUGAAGAAAAGCAACGUGAAAUGUUUCAAAAUAAAUAUCCAGCAGAAGUACUUGCAGGAAAGACAUCAGAGGAAGAACAGGCAAGACUUGAUGUGUGUGAAGUUAACGAACUAAAGGAUAAACAACACUGCAGGGGACCUGAAAUAGAGAAAAUUGAAACCCCAGCGAUGUGUGAAGGUGGUGGUGCUGCUUCUGCCUCUAGUCAUGAUGAACUUCCAAAACCCAAUAAACAGCAGUUGGCUCUUGAGAAGGAACACCAUGAUCAGGCAAAAAUCGAGAUGGACAAUGAGAGGGACAUUGUCGAAGAGAUUCUGCGCAAUCAAAUUUUCUAUGAAAAGGAGUUGGAUGAUCUUAAUGAACAACUGCAAUAUUCCUGUUCACAACGUGCAUGUCUCAAUGUGGAAAAUCAAUUCCUGAGACAGGAGGUUCUCUCUCUGGAAGAAUUAAAAAUUACGUGUGGAAAACUGGAGGAGGAGAAGAAGGAAUUAGAAGAAAAAAUAGUAACCCUUCAGUCGAGGGAAAAUGAUUUAUUGGAAAUUGAUCCAAGAGGACAGUAUGAAGCAGCAAGUGAAAACACAGGGAGAGAAAAAGCAUUGGAGGAAACAAUACAGUCUUUACAGGCAAAGAUGUAUUUACACCAAUUAAGAGAACAUCAUGACGCUUCCAUGAGGAGUCAGAUGAGGCUGAACAUCCAAGACAUGAAGGCCAAACUUUUUGACAUGAACAAUCAAGUUUACGCUUAUAAAAUAGAGCUAGAACAGUAUAAACAGCUCUAUUUCGAAGAAGUGGACAGGAGAAUGUCAUUGUCUGAUGAACUUAGCAUGACGAAGGAAAGGCUAGCGGAAGUGAGUAAUGAGCUUGCAAGAUGUUGUAAUGUUCAGGAAACAUCAAUGAUCCUACUGCACACCAGCCGUGUUGAAAUAACAACAUGCAGAACUGUGGCUGCAAGCUCUACCUCUCUUUCAAGUGAGCAGUAUUUUGAAGAAGAAACAUCAUAAAGUCAAGGAAGAAGAAAACCUUUCCGUAAUAGUGAAAUCUACGAACCAAAACAAGAACUUGUAAAUCUGGGAUAUAAGUUUAAGAUCAUUUGCAUAAAACUGUUUUCUUGUGAUAUAAUGAACCUAUUGGAAAUUGACAUUUGUGGUAGCAUUUUAUUUGGCUUACUCUAAAGAUACUUCUAGUAGGCCUUAGUAAGAUCAACCUUUCCAAAUGAGAAUAUUGUGUUCCCAAAUUCUAUUCUGAGUAUAUAUAAAUUUAAUAUCAUUAGGGAACUCCAGGGUGAGUUUAUCAAUUACCCAUGCUGCAUUUUGCUGAUAAAUAUGCAUGGGAUGCUUAAUUACUUGAAGAAAAGCAUAAAGUUAUGACUUGAAACAGCUCAUGAAAGUGGACAUUUGAAAACUUGUCACAGUGGCACCAAUUUAAUUGCCCUUUUGUUUUUGCUUUUAGGAGAUAGUAAAGAAACCCAUCUUGCAGGAUGACAUUGAAGAUUGGUCUUCUGAUUAUAUAAGAUGAUUAUUUUAUAAAAGACUUUCUAGUGUAUAAGACACAGCAGUGUCCAACUGUAUAUAGUGGCCAGUUUUCUUCAUUUUUACUUUGUUAUCUGUGUUAUGGCUGAAUAUGGAUUUGUGUUUAUACAGAUUUUACUUGUAUGAUUUCCUGUUAAACCUCAUAUAUAUGUGCUUGCUUAUGUGAAAAAAGAGGCACUAUGACUUUGAUACCUUUCUAAAUUAAAAACAAAUAGAACAGUGCUUUCAAAGUUUCACUAAAUAUGUUCAUUCCUUUUAACAACGUUGAGUGUCCCUAAAGCUUGUGUGUUUUUCACUACUCAUGCUUUGGUGAGAUCUUUAUCUAACAGAAUAGGACAGUGAUGAAUGUUGCAAGACAUUUUUCUUAUUUUUUCCUGCCUAAUCUGUUCUAGGAACUGUAUUAAACCAUUCCAGAGGGAAAACUUCUGAAUUUCUGUUAAAGAAAUAGUUUGAUUCAAUGGGAUAGCAAAAAUUGGAUGAAAGGGACUUUCAAAUACUCUUUUCAUGUUUUUAAAUUGCCCUGGUGAGACCAACCACUCUACACUGCCACCAAGCAGGAGAAAACUACAGCCUUCAGUGCCCAGGACCUUUAGAUAGGCUCUUGGGUGUCCCUUGGAGAGCAGCCCCUCCCUUAGCUUGUCCCCACUCCCUGCUUACUCCAGGUUUGAGGGUGUGAAUAGGUCAGUGUAGAUUUCAUAGUUAGCACUUAAUAGAUCAAUUAAAAUUGUCAAUUCAAUCAAAAUUAUCUUAGUAGCUCUCCAUAUUACGUGUCUAUUCUAUUCUGCAAAUAGUGUGUAUAACUCAGUGUAGAUUUCAUACUUAGCAUUUAAUAGAUCAAUUAGAAUUGUCCAUUGAAUCAAAGUUAUCUUCAUAGCUUUCCAUAUUACAUGUCUAUUCUAUUACCUACAUAUAACUAGUUCUAGGCUCUGAAACUCUUCUUUUAAGGCCGCAUUUUAAAAUGAUAUUCCCGGAGUUAUAACUCCCUUUCCAAUUUAGCAUUACAAAUAAUAUUUUUAUUCCUUACACUGUGACAGGUGUUGCAAUGUGGUAUAAGUCAGAGAACUGAAACCAAGGUAGUUUGUAAACACAGUGGAGCAAAUUUAGACUAAUGUAUUAAUGUAUCAUUUUCUGAAAUGAUCUAUAAAUAGCAAAUGUCCCUUUUUUGGUUAAUAUAUUUUAUGUUAAAUACGUUUUGUUAAAUAUGUUUUGCUCAUUUCAUCAAAUGAGAAAUAGGACAAUAUAAACAUUCUUAGUGAAAUAAACAUCCUUAUUUAUUUAUGCUCUCUUACAUGGCUCCAUGGUCUCAUUCCUUCUGCUAUUGGUGUAUGUCGUCCACCUGCGUAUGGUGUUAGAAAACAUAGGUGUCCUCCAGUUCUGUUUUGUGGCAGCAAAAUGCACACUCCUGCAUUUUGUAGUAGAGUCAAGCCAAUGCACUUCAUCAGUUGUCUCCUGACUUGUGCCAGUUUAACAUAUUAUCAUUUACUGUGCCAAGGGACUACCUUUUAUCCUCAGGAAUACUCCAACUAACUUCUCCUAGAAUAAAAAAAUAUUUACCUGUUUGAAAUUAAUUCAUCCUUUCCUCUUACCACUUACCCUCCUCAGCCCCUUGCUCUGGCUUCUCUCCACCUUCACCACUUACAAUUCCUUAAGAGCUCUUCCUUGCCUCUGGCUGUUUGCAUGUGCUUCUUUGUUCUGGCUACUGUCUCCUUACACUUGCGGUAUCCACAUACACAUUACCUCCACCAGAAAAGACUGCAAAAGGUUUCAUCUGAGUGUUCCAGUUCUGCUCUUUUCAGAUGUUUCCAUAGUGUCUAUGACUUUGUGUGAAAUUUGCUGGUAGGACACUUCUGUUGUAAUAUAGAUUCUUGAGCAGUGGACCCUAUCACCUCCAGGUAGUCACUCCAGCACCUGUCACACUGCCCUUCCCACGUGCUUGUUGAAUUAAUGUACUCAGAAUGAGGAACCAGAAGCUCAGAUACAGAGCCAGAAUGAUGACAAAUCCAGUGAGCAAACAUGGGCAAAUUAUUUUUAAUCAUAAUAUUGCAUUUUUUCAAACAUGUGUUUCAUUCUUAUUCUUUCACCUUUAUCAUUGCCUUGCAGAGGUGGAUUUAGGAAAGGGGGAGGGAAGGUGCCUCUGAGGCUCUGACCUCUGCCAAGAGGACAUUUUUGGUGUGUGGAUACAGGACCAGGAGCCCUUGGGAUCCUCCACUGUCCUGAGGAUGCAGUUCCUGUGCUUUGGGCAGUGGAGGUCUUGUAGGUCCAACUCCAGUAGAUACACCAGCUGGUAUCUGGAUAUUGCUCACAAUUGAGAAAGCUGUAAGGGGGGUAAUGUAGUCAAAGGUCAGCCAUUGCACACUCCUGGCAAGAGUGGCAUGAACAACAGAGAUGGAAGAAAGGCAACAGGCCUAGACCUAGAGGCAAGGGGCCAGAGAUGCUGGCAGGGGGUAUGUGGGAGAAGCAAGCAACUUCCAGGCUGUGCCCAGCAGAGGACACACACAGGAUGGAUCUGCCCUCACCAAGCAGGACCUUUGGUAACAGGACCUGAAAAGCAAGUUGGCCGUUGUUUUUGUCUUCUUUCUGGGAAAUGGAGGAUUGAACUCAGGAACUAGCAUGCUAAAUCCACAUGUGGAGCUGCACCCUAAGGAUAAGGGCAAGUAUUCUGAAAUUCAGUUUACCAAAAUAAAAAUCAAAAUACCCUGUGUACCAGCAAACUUUAGCUAAAUCAAAGUGCUUUCAAAAUAUUUAUAGUAUUGGUCUGAGAUUGUGGCUCGGUGGUGGAACAUUUGCCUUGUGUGCUUGAGGCAUUGUGCUCAAUCCUCAGCACCACAUACAAAACUGAAUUAAAAAAUAAUUAUAAAAAAUCCACUUUUAAAACAAUUUACAAGUGUAGAGCAGCAGUGGAAGACUAUAUUGCUGCAGUCUUCAUGACAGUUAGUUCAUGAAACCAAAUGAGGGGUGAUGGGGGAUUAGAAAAGACAGACAGACACGCAAGGAAAAAAUAUGGGACCCAGUAGAUAUUACAGUCUGGAGGAGUGCAAUGACCAUGAGCCAGCUCAGUACAUUUAUUAUAUAGUUUAUAUCAUUGAAGGAUAUAUUCAAGAGAAAAUUUCUUCAAACAGAAUGAAGGACAUAGGUAUGAGCAUUAUUAUUAUUAUUAUUAUUAUUAUUAGCUUGUGCCCAUAAUUUUCUACCCCCAGGAAGCUGGUAAGGAAACUUCAAGGUCAAGAACUCGAUAGCUCCAUACCUUCCUUUUGAGCAGGGUGCCACCAUAGCAACGGGGCAAUCUUAAACAGUAGUUUAGCACUGAAUGUUCCUGGGUGAGGCAUCACCUCUGUCACAGGAUGUUCAAGAACCAUAAUUCAGUCACCUCUCCUGAAAAUCUCCCCUUUUUUUAAUGUUUUCAGUGCAAGUGAUGUGCUAUCAUUUGAUGUUCUCAGAUUUCUUCUCUGAAGACACAGCAUCCUACUGUUAUAACAACAGAGAAUUAGUAGUAAAAUAUGAUGCCAAAAAUGUGACAUAUGGAAUGUUUUAACAUAUCUUCAGGAUUAGAAUCAUUUAAAUCAUUAAGUAUUUGUUCAGCAAGCCAUGCAGGAUCCACAAGAUCAUUCCUGCUUUCUGAAUAUCCUGGAUGAUAUGAUGUAACUCCAUAAGAUCUAGACUGUCAUCAUUUCUCUGACCAAUGUCCACUAAAAGAUUUUUAACUUUUUCCCAAUCCCAUUGGGAAGUGUAAUUUGCAGCUGUGACACAUUUAUAGCCAGCAGGGCAAUGAAACCUUUGUCUAAAUUUAAGUGUGGCAAGCUCAUAUACUGUACCUUUGAUGGUAGCUUACAAAGCAUUUAAUUUAAUCUCGAGCUUUUCAUCAACAUUUUUCAAAGUAUUUUGAGGUAAUUAUUAAGAAAAUGAGCAUUUUUGAAUGCUUUUAGAUAAGGAUAUCACAAUGUCAUGGCAGAGACAGAAACAGAUAUCAAAGUGACUACUCCAAGUGCAAUAUGAUCAAUAAUAGCACACUGGGAAUUAUUUAGAUGGGCAUGUCAUACUUGAACUCCAGCAUCAAAAUACCAGGAAUCUGAAAUGCUAGCUGGGAUUAAAACAAAGGAGGAUUGAAGUAACACAGACACUCCUUAUCCUCUAUUACACCUAGUAAUGCAAUUAGAUUAUGUUCGUGAUAAGUCACUUGAUAUUUUUCUCCAGUUCUUUUUACUUUUCUAUUUUCAGAAAUUAAAACAUAAGGAGAUUGAAUACAGGCUUGCAGACUAUAGCAUGAAGCCACUUUACAGCUCCUAAGCAAUAAAGGGAGGUUAUUCAGGGAGAUGCUGGUAUAAUUAUUGAAAUCUAAGGCAGCUAUCAAAUGCCAUGGGUCUUUUUGCAUGCCACCACCACUGAAAGUCAGCACAUUCCUAAGAAAUCCUCCAGGAGUCAUAGAUCCCUGACAUGGUUGUCUCAUCAAUUCUGUGAGAACAAUCCAAAAUAUAUCCACUACUGCCAGGGACUUUAUGUCACAGGGACAAAAUAUUAGCACAUUCCAUGCACUUAGGGAAUGUACUCAAUUCUGCUGUAGUAUGACUAGGGCAAUAAGCUAUUGGUGGAUGCUUCAUAGGAAACAUGGUUUUGUCAUUGGAGAGUCCCAUUUUUGUAACUGUCUGGACAUACCAUUUUAAGUCCCAGGGGCCAGUGAAAUUGACUACCCUGGCUCCCCCAUGUGCUGUCUUUUCCUCUGGGUUUACCUUUAAACAGCCAGCCUAUUUAUAGGGUACCAACAUAUAGAUAAACUUCCUUACAUCAUGUAUAAUGAAAUCCAGUUGAAUGAAAAGUUGUAAUAGCUUUAUCUGAAAAACCUUCCAUCAUUUGAGUAUCAUUAGUAAAUACUGGAAUGGAUUCUCCAGUCCACACAGCUGGUGUACUAAAUGUGGAUCUGGGAAUUAACUCCAAUAAGUUUCCCCAUAACCCUACUUGACAGCUUAGAAAAGCCAUCAUAGCUACAAACAUGGUGGUUAGGGACUUAGUGCCUCCCUGCUGUUUGAUUAUCUGCUCCAUGUGAUGUGUCAGAUUCUUCAGCUGACCCCACUUUGGCAGUUUGGCAUUCUGGGGAUGUGGAAUUUUCUCUGCAUUCUUCCUCUUCUUUCUCAGCUGCUUCUUCCCAGUAGAGAUCAGUAUCAGCACCUCCAUUCAACCUUCAGUCUUUUGAACUUUGGUUCCAGAUCCUCCAUGGUGGUGAUGAACAGCACACUCAGGUACCCAGCUAGGAUGUGGUGCACCUUCUGGAAGGACUCAAGCAUGUCCUCUACCCCACAUUAUUGCUGUAAUGUGUCCAUUCCAUUGUCCUGUUUCUAAGUCUCUCCACCACACUUGGCCUGACCAGUUUGCUAUAGAGGAAGACAUGUGUCAGUCAGCAGCAGUGCUACCUUCAGCAUCACAAUAUAAAAAAUAUAAAACAAAAAGAGCAUGUUUCAAAUGAUUUUGUGGGGUUCUACUUCCCCCUUUUUGUUUUUGUAAUUGUAAUUUAAGAGACAAAUGAGCCUGUUCUACAGUGGCUUGGCUGAGGAUUAUAAGAAAUAAGUCUUCAGUGACCAAAUGAUACCAAUCACAAAACCAUUGAAAAGAACCAGUAUAACUGGACCAUUAUCAGUUUUAAUUUGUAGUGGGUGGUCCAGCUCUGCAAAAGCAGCUAAGCACUGAGAAAUGACUCAAUGAGUAUUUUCUCCUGUUCAGGCAGUGACAAAAAUGAAAUGAGAAGUGUCAAUAUUAACACGAACAUAACACUCUGCCAAAUUCAGGGAUGUGAGUCACAUCCAUCUUCUACAACUGAUUAAGCCACAAACCACAGGGAUUAACAACACUAGGUAAAACUGGAGUAUGUAUUACACAAUGAGGACAUUGAUGAACAAUUUGGUGAGCUUGUUCUUGGGUGAUAUGAAUGCUCCUUGAAUAAGUCGGAGCAUUCUGAUGGUGUAAUGUAUGAGAUGUUUGAAAAUGGUCAUAAGGAGACAACUUCUGCCAAACUGCAACAAGAUGAUCAGCCAUAGCAGUGCCCUUGGUUAAGGGGCCUGGACAUUUGGAGUGAACGCUGAUGUGUCCAAUAAAACAAGGAUGCUGACUCAUUUGAAUUGUUUCUUGUAAAGUAUGGGAUGAAUGGAAUAACUCUUCUAACUGCUUAUAUCCAGUGGUGGCUGAUUCAAUUUGCAUAGUGACUCCUACUGUAGAGUCACUACCACUGUAGGUAUUAAUUAACUUGUUAGCAAAAUGUAGUCAAGUAUCAAUGAGAGCAGAGGUAUACAGAGUCUGCCCCACUCUAGUAUGAGCUGGAGCCAUCAGUAAGUACUGUGACUGCCUUACCUAUCGGCUGAGUGCCUAUAAUUUUGGGGAAGAUGAAUGACGUUAUAAUUGCAGACAAAAAAAGUUUAUCAUGAUGGUAAUGAUUUUUUACUUGGCCAAGAAAAUUUUGAAAAGCUACUUGACAAUCACGUGAGGAUUGCCAAAGCCCCUUUAGGGGUAAGAAAAUUAGGAAAUAGCAACAAAUAUACAGGCUCCUGUGAAUUAAGCCUAGUAAGCUGUGCAGUCUUAAGAGCAGUUUCGACCUUUACAGAUGCAGUCUUUGCUUCCGCCGUGAGCUGUCAAGGAAAGGCCAGAGAGGGAUCUCCACACAAAAUAUCAAAUAAAAGGCCAAAAUCCACAGUGGACACUUUUGUAGAACAGGCCGUAUCCAGUUAAUAUCUCCCAGCAACUUUUGAAAAUCAUUGAGUAUGAAAAGCAUGAGUUCAAUUUAUAAGUUCUGUGGACAAAUCAUGUGUCCUUCGAUUAAGCUGCCUAAAUACCAAAAAGGAGAAAACUUUUGUACUUUUUCAGGUUCUGUGCACAAGCCCACUGUGGUAAGAGAGGUUUCCAAAUAUGCAAAACAUUUUCAAGCAUAUCUGAAUUAGGAUGUGCCAAAAAUUAUGUCAUCCAUGUAACGAGUAAAAUAUGCAUCAGGAUGUUGGUCUUCCACCAGAGCAAUGGCUUGAUGUACAAAGUCUGACCUAAGCUAGUCCUGGAAUUAGCCAUUGCCUGUGGCAAAACCUUCCAACAGUAUCUUUUAACUGGCUCUUUAAAUUUAAUGACUGGAACACUAAAUGCAAAGCACUUACAAUCAGCUGGAUGUAAAGGUAUAGUGAAAAACAAUCCCUUAAGUCUAUGAUGAUUAAAUAAUAAUCAAAAGGAAUAGCUAUAGUUAAAGGAAGUCCAGGAUGUCACGCAUCCAUUAAUUCCAUGGUCUGGUUAAUUGCUCAGAGAUCUUGUAACAAUCUCUACUUACCAUAUUUUUAAUCACAAAACUAGGAGUAUUCCAUAGACUUAAAGUAGAUUCAAUAUGACCAGCUUGAAGCUGUUCUUGGACUAGUGUGUGAACCACUUGAAGCUUUUCCCCUGUGAGGGACCAUUGGUCAAACCACAUAGGAUCAUCUGCCAGCCAAUUAAUUUUUUCUGCUGUCCUCUGGGUUGAAGAAGAGAUCGAUGCCCCAACAGAAAAGGACAAUCAG